AUGAAGAGAGGGUGAGUACUAAUCUUGUCUAUCAUUGUUGUGAUAGCUGAUGUGUGUAAGAAUGAUCUAAAGGCAGCUGAAUCACCUCUGACCUCAAGUUUUGAAAUGCCAGGGUAUACUAAUGUGUUCUUUCGUGAUAUAUUUGAUGACCAGGAAAGAGGAUUUCUGUAUUUCAUUGGCAGAUUUCAUACUUCUGCUCCUUGGACUUGACUUAUCUAUAAAUCUGAUUACAACUUGACUAAAUCUCAAGUCAUGACUUAUGAUAUAUACGAUAUGGGUAUUUCAUUAGCUAUUGAUCCUAGCAAAGAUUUCAUAUAUAUACUAGAUCUCACAACUGGGAAGAUAUUUGAGAUUGCAACUGCUGAUCUCAGCAUUUCAAGAGAGCUGAAAAUUAGUAAUGCCUCUGUUAAUAAUUCAAACUUGGAAAUAGGUAAGGGCUUCUACUUCAGCCUGAUCAUAAAUUCAGUUGUUGAAACUUGUAGGUGGGAUAGAGUAUCUACAAAUCUUGACUGAUUUACCUUUGGAGUCAAUAGACGCACAAAUUUCGCUCCAAUAAAUGAGGAUCUUUUGUUUUUUGGAUCAAUAGAUAUCUCAACCGAUCAUUACUAUUUAAUUAAUUACAAUUUCUCAGAUUCUUCUAACUUGGUCUGGAAGAAAAGUAUUAAUUGUCCGACUUCAAGCUGAUAUAACGGAAUGGGUAAUUCGCUGUUAAGUCAAGAUGAAGAAUCAGUCUAUACAGUGAUUUUGUAUGAUAAUAACUUUAUAUUUUAUAAACUGAAUGUGACUGAUGGUUCAUCUGAAAAUUCGGGAUUUAUAUUAAAUGAUAUUGGGUUUUAUUGGAGUUACUCAAUGAAGGAGUUUAGAACUUUAGUUGCCUUCCAGAUUUAUAGUACAACGUCAUCGAUACAACAACGAUUAAUUUUGGUAAAUCUUGCAGGAACAAAAAUACUGAAAGAGUAUAAACCUGUUGACUCAACACUGUAUGCUGUUGGAAAGUUCAUAUAUCAAGGAGAAGAACUCAUGUAUCAUUGUGGACGUCUGGAUACUAAUUAUACAUUUUUCAUCGCAAGGUCGCUUCCAACUAAUAUUGACCAACUGAAAGAAUUUCAAGAGGAGACUCCUAUUUUCACGAAGAUUACUACUGAUUACAAAGUAACUGCAACAACAUCAAACCCAAGUAUCAGUUCAGGUACGAAGACUCUUAUAAUUUCUUCUUCCUCGGUUAUCGGAACAAGUGAUAUAACUUCAACAAUAACUCCUUCAUUCACUUCCUCAAUAAAUUUGGGGAAUGAAGAUCACAUUCAGACAGUCAGUAGCAGCUCUUCAGUGCAAUUGAACUUCACCUGGGCUUGAUCUCGCAUGGUAGACUCAACUGAUAUCUAUUUCAGUCUAGCAAAGACUGGGUCAAAUGCUAUCCCUGAGUGGGUACAACUGGAUGCAGACAAACAAGAGCUGUACCUGAAUACAACUCCCAAGUUAGAUAAAGAAGAAACUUACUAUUUCUCUCUCCAAAUCUCUUUUGAUACCGAGACGUACUACAAAAGGUUUGAGAUUACUGUUGAAGAAUGAAUAAUUCUGAACUGUGCACUCUGAAAACUGAGAGAACCCAGCAUCUGAGAGACUUGAGCAACUGGUUAUCAAAGCUUUACUGAAGGCAAGUCUUGAACCAAGGUUACUCUUCCCGCUGGAGCUGCAAAGGCUGCUGCUGCUCUGGUCACAUCGAGUGUUGUCCUGGCGAGUGCUUCUUCUGUGUUAUCAUUGUCAUCUGUCAAUUCAAUAUUUAGUAUUAUGAAUAGUCUACAACUAGCGAUACUAUUACCUUUGGUUCCUGGCUAUUUCUCUCCUCAAGUGUUAGAUUUUCUUAGUGGAAUGGGUUUCACAAUGCUAUCUUUUGAUUUCAUCAAGUUCAAAGAUCUCCCUUUUGCACAAGAUCUUACUGACUGGGUGUCAUACCCUCAGUCUGACCAAUACUUGAACAACCUCGGAAUGAGGUCUGGAAGCUCGGUUGUCAACUAUUUAUCCCUAAUGGCUAUUAUUUUACUUAUUGUGGUUCUCCAUUUUGGAGUAUAUUUGUUGUGUGUGUGAAUUCAGAAUUCUAAGCACACAAGAUGUAAGAAGUUUAUGAAUAAUCUGUUCAAGUUCUUCACAUUCAAUAUUUAUAUCAGGGUAUUCAUUCAAGCAUUUAUGUUCACUACUUUGUCAAUAUUCAGUGAGCUAUACAAUCUUAAUCUCUCCACAACCGUGACGAAGGUAUCCUUUGGGUUGUGCGCAAUAUUCUGAUUAUGCACAAGUGUGUUGUUUCUUCUGUCUUUCUAUAUGUAUUGUAAGUCAUUUCCGAAGAUUGAUGAGGAAAAGUAUUGGCCAUGCGUUGAGUACUUCAAUGGAGUGAAAUCAACAAAUUUCUCCAAGCUCUAUACUAGUUUAUUUAUGAUUCUGAGAUUGCUACUUUGAGGAUUACUAGUUUUUGGGGAAACAAUUUCUCCAUCUACAAAGGCAACUUACUUUUAUCUAUUAAACAUUGGAUUUUGCUUAUACUUGAUUAUUGUGAGGCCACUUGAAAAUCCUCAGGACAACAUUAUAGAGAUCAUAAAUCAGAUAAUUUUCUGCUGUUUAGCUGUUCCUUUAUCUUGGCUAAACACGGAGGAAGCCUGGACUCCAUUUUACGAACGGUACUACACAACGAUAUUCAUGGUGUCUCCAGCUAUAGGAAGCAUAAUUUGACUAGGAUUCCUAUUAAAAUCAAUACUAGUUCGUUUUUGAAAGAAAGAACCAAAGAAAAAUCAACAAGCUGUCGCUCCAAAGAAGGCAUCAUCAACCCAAAGAGUUUCAAAUAAUCAAGAAACUCCAGCGAUCAUCCAGACUCAAUUUAUAAAUCAAGCCUCCUCAAGCAUGAGUAGAAGUAGCGCUGUCAUAUUUGAUCGUCAGACUCCUCAAAAUCUUUCCAACAGAAUCUUCUACCCAAGAAGAGUUCCUAUGAGAAGGAAAUUAAAUGGCAGAACUUAAUUAUUUUAACAAUCUCUCAAUUGU